CAUGUGGCAUUUCGCCCUUUCUGUGUUUCUGAUUGAGCUCUAUGGGCACAGCCUUUUGCUAACUGCAGUCUUUGGCUUAGUGAUGGCAGGAUCAGUUCUUCUGUUUGGUGCACUGAUUGGCGACUGGGUGGACAGAAAUCCACGAAAUAAAGUGGCCCAUGCCUCACUGUUUAUUCAGAACGUGUCGGUCACAGUGUGCAGCAUUGUGUUGAUGGUGGUGUUCUCCUACAAAUACUGGAUCGAGCAAAUUUGGGAUGGCUGGUUAACUGUGGUUUGUUAUACGGUGGUGAUCAUCCUGGCAGAUGUGGCGAAUCUUGCAAGCACAGCCCUCACCAUUGCCAUUCAGAAGGACUGGAUCAUUGUCAUCACCGGCUACAACAGAGGACAUCUUGCUGGAAUGAAUGCCACAAUGAGAAGAAUUGACCAAAUCACUAAUAUCUUGGCUCCUCUAGUGGUGGGUCAAGUGAUGACUUUGGCCUCCAACGUGGUCGGAUGUGGAUUCAUACUGGGAUGGAACCUGGUUUCCUUGACUGUUGAAUUUAUUUUUCUUUCAAGAGUUUAUAAAAUAGUACCUGCUCUGUCCACAAAAUCAAACCCUACAGAAUGUGAAAGCGAACUUCAGCGUCUUGAGCGACAAUUCGAAAUGAUGAAUAUUCAAGGUGAACUUCAUAUAAAUCAAAUCCCGGUGCUUACAGAUGAUAACUGCCAGAUCAACCUGCACCUAAGAGAAAUAGCUGACCUUCCAUUAUGUUUGCGCAAGUUUAAGUGGCUACUGAACACCUGCAGAGAUGGUUGGAAAGCAUAUUAUAGACAAUCUGUGUUCCUAGCUGGCAUGGGAUUAGCGUUUCUCUACACUACAGUUUUAGGAUUUGACUGUAUUACCACGGGAUAUGCCUACACGCAAGGAAUAAGUGGAUCUCUGCUCAGUCUACUGAUGGGAAUCUCUGCCAUCACAGGACUCCUGGGCACCAUCUUGUUUACAAAGCUGAGAAAGAUGUAUGGUUUGUUGACCACAGGAAUCAUCUCAAGCUGCCUGCACCUAGCAUGUCUGAUGCUUUGUGUGGUUUCUGUCUUUACUCCAGGCAGUCCAUUGGACCUCACUAUUUUAUCUCCACUCAUAGACUCCAACUCGUCUGCCAACCAGAACUCUUCAGGACAGAGGCAGCUGCAUACCUACCCAUCUUAUGGAAGUGUCAAUCAACCACUGCUUCCUGACCGCUCAUCCAUACACUGGACCAACAACACUGUACUCUUUGACAAUGUUCCAUCAGGAAGUGGCCCCAAUUCCUACAUAUCCAUCACCUUUCUCUUUCUUGGAGUCAUUUCUGCAAGAGUAGGUCUCUGGUCCUUCGAUUUGACCGUCACACAACUACUCCAGGAGAACAUUAAUGAGUCAGAAAGAGGUAUAGUUAAUGGGGUCCAAAGCUCCAUGAACUACCUGAUGGAUCUUCUGCACUUCAUCAUGGUGAUCUCUGCUCCUCAGCCACAGCACUUUGGUAUCUUAGUCAUCAUUUCUGUCAUGUUUGUCACAGCAGGGCAUACCAUGUACUUCAUGUAUGCUAGAAAAGCUAAAAGAAAAUAUAAGCCCAAGACAUAAAGCUACAGACAUACACUUGUCAGAUUGAAUCAAUUCAAUAUGUGUUUCCACAGUGGUGGACUGGGAGUCCAGGAUCAUAUUGACACAACACAAAGCAGCAGUCGCCUCACAGCUACACAUUUCCACUCUUACGCAGCAGGUGUCAUUUUACAGGGUAUGUCUAAGAUGAUAGCCUGUACCUUCUGUGUUUGUGUACAAAAAAAAAAAUACGGCAAUGGAAGAGUACUGUUUAGCAGAAGCUACUAGUAGUGCAAUAUGUCUUGACAGAUGCAGCAUGGCAAUGACAGGUAUCAAGUAUGACCACUUCAGCACCACCAAAGUCUUUGUACCAUAAUGCAGAUAGGAAAGCUCGAAAAAAAGUGAAGAACGAAGUCCUUUUGUUUUCUUCAUAAAAUAAAUCUCUCCUUCCCAACCUGGACUAAAGAAGACUGCUAAAUAUUUUUUUUCAAAUUUUUCUUCAUUAUGGCCUUUAAGGAAAAAAUCUUUAUUGUGGAAUAAAUUUCACUAUGUACAGAUGAAACAAGAAAAGGAAGCUCACUCGAUUCAGAUAUGUUGAUUAGUAGUGAUUGAGAACAUACAACCAGACUUCAUCUAUCUGUAUACGUUUCAUAGUUCUGCAGCAUUCAAGCCACUCACUGAUAAAUGUGACUAACUACUGUACAAUCACCCCAAUAUUCACUCAGACACUGCCAAUUUAGAGGCACCACUUAACAGAUAUUACCAGAGUUUUAUAUAGUGUAUAAAACUGACCUCUUUAAAUAUGCCUAAAAUUGUAAACCAUGUUACAAACAGUAUUAUUUAAAAUAA